AUGAAAGAUACACUCCUUAAUUCCUCCAUGUUGAUUUACGUCUACCACGCCCCCACCACCAAUCUGGAUUCACUUCUACCACGCCCCCGCCACCAAUCUGGAUUUACGUCUACCACACCCCCACCACCAAUCUGGAUUUACUUCUAUCACGCCCCCGCCACCAAUCUGGAUUUACUUCUACCACGCCCCCACCACCAAUCUGGAUUCACUUCUACCACGCCCCCGCCACCAAUCUGGAUUUACGUCUACCACGCCCCCACCACCAAUCUGGAUUCACUUCUACCACGCCCCCACCACCAAACUGGAUUCACUUCUACCACGCCCCCACCACCAAUCUGGAUUUACUUCUACCACGCCCCCACCACCAAUCUGGAUUCACUUCUACCACGCCGCCGCCACCAAUCUGGAUUUACGCCUACCACGGCCCCACCACCAAUCUGGAUUUACUUCUACCACGUCCCCACCACCAAUCUGGAUUCACUUCUACCACGCCCCCACCACCAAUCUGGAUUUACGUCUGCCACGCCCCCACCACCAAUCUGGAUUCACUUGUAA